AUGCCGCGGCCCAAGAGAGGACGUGGUGGUGCGGCUCGAGCAGCCAGAGCUGUUGCAGAGCCAACCAGCAGUUCCAGCGUUGCGAUUGAAAAGAAGCCCGAAACCAGGGGACGCCCCAGAGGACGCCCCAGGAAGACUCCAUCCGUUGCACGACUCAGCAUCAACGAUGAGGAUACAACCCGCACUCGCGACGAGGCGCUCAAUAAGCCCGCCAACGGAGAUGUGACUAUGACAAGCGAAGCAACGCCGAUACGCGCAAGCUCAAGGAGCUCAAUAGAACUCGGUCGAUAUACUGCGGCGACGCCUGGACACAACCGACGUACAAGUGGGCUGGAUCUGGGCGACAGUGUUUUUGGUGACUUGGACGACAGUUUUGCGGAUGGCGACAUUCCCGGCUCGGCGCUCUCAGGGGACAUUUCAAACUUGUCAUAUAGCGCCCUCCGCUCUCAGUCACGACGGUCUAGUUUCAUAGGAAGAAACGACCCCCCCAUUCGACCCAGCAGCCGGAGCAGCAAUACCCCUAGGGUUGGCUCUUCCUUCAACAUUGGUCUUUUCAAGAGGCGUGCGCGAGAACCAAGUAUUCUUGGGGCCAGCCGGAAAGCUCUCGAAGAGCCUUCGGCGGUCGUUCAAGAUUCAGAAGAGGGAAGCGAGGAGGAAUUCGAGCCCGAGGCUGAAUCCACUCCGUUAAACAACAGGCGACGCACACGCGGAAACGAUGAAAUCGGUGAGCCAGAAUCACCAGAAACGGCCGAGUCUUCCAAUCCGAGAAAACGUAAAAGCCUGGAGGUGCAGCAGAGUAGCACACGGCCUGAGAAGGUAUCACGGACGGAGGCUGGACCAUCCAGGAGGUCAGGCGAUCGGAGCUUAUCUGAACUGCCGGAUGCUCCUCCAUCCCCCCAGCAGGAUCUGGACGAAACUAGCGAGUCUGAAAUAUCGGAAAUCUCUUCACCUGGAAGGCUUCACGCUAGGCUCCCUCCACGCCCAGUCACACCAGUCAACCAGGCGGAAAUUGCGGCUCCGCCAGCAAGCAGCGGGUCAGAAGGUCCAGAUGUGUGGCCGGACAUUCGAUCACUGGCCAAGAAACGCCGUCGACCUUCCGUCACCACUCCCUCACGCCUUGAAAACCUCUCGGACAUGUCCUCGCCUCCUUCACUGACACAUUCACCAAACUACGACACAGCCAAGACUGGCAAGACGCGUGGGCGACCACCGUCACGACAGCAAGCGUCACCAAAGAUGACCACGGCGGACCUUACGAGCUUGCUGCCCAAACGGCGAUACAAGAAAUCGCGUGAUCCACUCGGCCUAGAGAGCGAUGAGGAGCUUGAUACUUCAGGAUUGGGCCACGAGGAUGAUGAACUGUCAUAUCUGGACACCCAGGCAGCUCGCCGGCGGAAGAGGGGUAGGCCCCCUCGCUCGGCUUCUCGGGGUGAUAAGGCUGGUGGUUCGUCUCGGCGUGCUCUCAGAUCACGGUCCCGUCAUUCGUCAGACAAGGAAAAUGCAGAGAACGAUGGUAGAGGCCGUGAUAGCAAUGAGAGUGAGGACGAGGAUGAAGGCGAAGGGGGCAGCCGGUUUAUUCCUCUGGCGGAUAAUACGUUUGACGAUGCCGCUGCCGGGGGCUCAACCAACGCUAUCCCUACCGAAGAGCUGAAGCAAGCGAGCAGCAAGUUCAAAGAAGUAGACAAGUGGGAACUGGAUUUUGAGGAAGUGGCGGAGCCAUCCUCACCGCAGGAUGGGAGAUGAUGUCGUUGAUUUGUGUAUUGUUCUCUGUUACGCAUGAAUGCCCCUUUUUGCUUUUCUCAGUUGCAGCCUUGGGCCAUGUCUUUGCGGUGUCUUUGUAACUACUAUACGCCUUUCUCACAUUGAAAGUGUUUGAUGAAGAGCGGAUUUGAAGGGAGGGGGCGUAGGUCUGGGUUGGUCGGUUGGAUUUGUAUUAUCAAUGUUGAUAUCCAUGGUCUCGU